GGGAGGCGGCUGGCGAUCCGUGCCUCCAGCCAGUUGCGCGCAGAGCGCAGAGUAGGGACGUCGGUCUGUGCGGAGGGUCUCGGCAGGCGCCGCGGCACCUCGCUGGGCCAUGGCACCUCCUGUCAAAGGGAAAAGGAAACAGUCAGAGGGCAGUGACCCCCUAGACCCCCCUGUGUCCCCUCAGCCUGAUGGUGGACAGAGCAGGAGCCAGAGCCCUGUCCAGCUGGAGGACCCCCCCGAGGCAGGCGGGGAGCGGGAGGAGGAGCAGGAGCGGGAGGAGGAGCAGGCCUUCCUGGUCAGCCUCUACAAGUUCAUGAAGGAGCGACACACGCCCAUCGAGAGGGUGCCCCAUCUUGGCUUCAAGCAGAUUAACCUGUGGAAGAUCUACAAGGCCGUGGAGAAGCUGGGGGCCUAUGAGCUGGUAAGGAAGUCACCUCCGCAUUCUCGCCCGGCUGCGUCUCCCAGCACAUGGCCCCAGCUGGGGAACAGUGUGCUCAACACUGCUGUCCUUGCCCCUAGACAGGAGGACAAGGCAGGGUCCCCAGCCUGCCCUUUCCCAGCCCCCCUGCCUGGCUGUGGGGAAAAGGGGGGACCCACCUUGCCUGCUGGUACUUUGCUGCUCAAAGCAAGAUUUCCUCUCCUCCGCAUCUGUUCUGCCCUUGUGCUCAGAAAGCUGCUCAGGCCAGCAGUCAGCAGCCCCUGGGAGGGAUACCUGGCUGGCGGCCAGGCGCGCCCCCUCCAACCUUGUCAUCUCUGCUGCUGGAGCAGCUGCAAGAAUGUGUUCUUGCCCCAUCCCUGCUGUGGGGGGACCCCGAGGCCAGAGGGUGCCCGCGGGCCAUGCCCUCACCUGGCGCUGUUGCAGGUGACCGGCCGGCGCCUCUGGAAGAAUGUGUACGAUGAGCUGGGGGGCAGCCCGGGCAGCACCAGCGCGGCCACGUGCACGCGCCGCCACUACGAGAGGCUGGUCCUCCCAUAUGUGCGGCACCUGAAGGGGGAGGAUGACAAGCCACUGCCCCCCUCCAAGCCCAGGAAGCAGUACAAGAUGGCCAAGGAGGCUCAGGGGGACGAUGGUGCCACUGAGAGACAGAAGAAAGCCAAGGAGGAGAAGCAGGUAGACCAGAUGACACCAGGAAAGACCAAAACAGACGCCCCCGACCUAGCAAGGCUUCCCAGCCAGGAGCCCCCCAGGGACAGCAUGGAACAGCCAGGCCCAGCCCCUGGGCCCUCUCUGCCCUUUGUGGGUGCCAGCGGCUGCCCUGAGGCCUACAAGAGGCUCCUGUCCAGCUUCUACUGUAAAGGGACACAUGGUAUCAUGUCACCACUGGCCAAGAAGAAGCUCCUGGCCCAGGUGAGCAAGGCAGAGGCCUUGCAAUGCCAGGAGGGGGGCUGUCGCCAUGGGGCAAGUGGGGAGCCCCAGGUGCCCUCAACUGUUCAGCCCCUGGAGAGCCCCCAGAGCCCAGGAGGGCUGGCUGAGAACUCCAGGCACCAGCUGACACCUCCGGAAGGGGUGCAGGGCCCUGGUGGCAGUCUUAGGGAGGAGGCUCAGGUGGGGCCUCGCCCCUCUGCCCCCACCUUCACCGGCUGCCUCCACACCUACUCUUCUGAGGUGCUGAAGCCCAUCAGCCAGCACCCCCGGGACUUCCUCCCCAGUCUUAAAGAUGCGGUGUUACUGGGGCCCCCUGGCAAAGAGGAAGGGCUGCCGACCAAGGAGCCCCAGCUGGUAUGGGGUGGGGAUGCCAACCGUCCGUCUGCAUUCCACAAGGGCGGCUCCAGGAAGGGCAGCCUCUACCCCAAACCCAAAGCCUGCUGGGUGUCCCCCAUGACCAAGGUCCCUGCUGAGAGCCCUGUGCCCACCUUCCCAAGCAGCCCAGGCCUGGGCAGCAAGCGCAGCCUGGAGGAAGAGGGCUUGGUUCAUGGUGGCAAAAAACUGCGGGCAGUGUCUCCUUUUCUUAAGGAGGUGGAUGCCAAGGAGUGUGGGACCAAGUCUGUAGGGCCUGGCUUGGCUGUCUCCUGCCUGCUGGGCCCAGCCCUAGGGCCCACCUUCCCAGAGGCCUACAGAGGUACCAUGCUGCGCUGCCCACUGAACUUCACUGGCACCCCAGACCCCUUAAAGGGCCAGGCCCCACUCCCCUUCAGCCCCCUGGUCAUCCCGGCCUUCCCGGCCCACCUCCUGGCCACUACAGCGCCCUCGCCCAUGGCCGCUGGCCUCAUGCACUUCCCCCCAGCAUCUUUCGACAGUGCCCUUCGCCACAGACUUUGUCCGGCCUCGUCUGCGUGGCACGUCCCACCUGCCACAACCUAUGCAGCGCCCCACUUCUCUUUCCACCUCAACACCAAGCUGUAGGCCUGAGCCCGCAGUGCUGUGAUGCAGUGCGGGGUCCGAUGCGGCCCGGGAUGGGGAGGCACUGCCGGAAGCUCUGGGCUGGAGCCCCCUUCUCAGGAGAGCUUGGCUGUGCCUAAGGCAGGGAUGUCGCCCUGGCUGGGCAGCCUGGCACAAAGAGAGGCAGUGGGAAAACUGAGUUUCUCUCUCAAGGAGGCAGCCGGAGCCUGAGGACCAUGGGCCCCAUGGUUGCAAGGCCUUGGGAGAAGACAGUGCAGGGCCGACCGCUCCUGGCCAGGGCCCCAGAGCAGAGGCCCGCAGUGGGGUGAAGGGCCAGGGGGCUGGUCAGCAGCUUGAGGUGUCCAGGCUGCCCAUGGAAAAUCCAAUAAAAUGCCUGUGGAUUCACGCAGC